AUGACGCGCGCGCUGUGCGGCGCGCUGGUCGUGCUGCCGUGGACGGUGCUGCUGCUGCUUGUGGGCCUGCACUCGUGGCACGACCACGGCCACACUUCAUUUAUACAGGCAGGACUUCCAGGGGCUAAGCAGUGCGUUGGCUGGCGGGAGACCUACUUCUGCCACCCCUUUGCGGAGCGGUACGGCCCUGGCGACAAGGGCUGCGACGAUGAGAUCAUGCCCCAGGUCUCGGGGUACUGCCUCUGUGAGGGCAACGUCACGACGGCCAGGGUGACAUGCGGCCCCAAGCGGUUCACCUGCCGCCAAAAAUGUGCUGAGCUGGCGUACAACCCCACGGACGCCCUGGCGAUGCCAGCCCCCAUCACGUGCCCUUAUGACGUGCCCUACCUGCUGAGAAGCUUCCUCAAGGGCAUUCCUGACGCGCCAGCUGACUGGUCGGCCGAUCCCGCAAAGGAGAGGACCAAGGUGGCACCCCUGUGGGAGGAGAUCCAAGCGGCGGUGCACGCGCACGGCGUGCCAGCGGCGGUGGCUCCGGGGACGCGCAACACGACGCACGACUUUGUGCGCGAGGGCAGCAGCAUACCAAGGUCGACUGUCGAGUACGUGCGCUCCCAGCUGGCGGCGUACUCGGCCGCGAUGCCCACCUACCCGCGCGGCGCGUUCUCUGGCGCGGGCGUCGUCACCGUCGGCGGCGGCAUGCGGUACAUCAUCCCGGCCUGGAUCAUGGUGCACCAGCUGAGGCACACGGGCUGCAAGCUGCCUAUCGAGAUGUGGUACCCCAUCAGCGAGUGGCCGCCCCAGGCGGUGGUGGACGCCUUCGCAAAGCUGGGCGUCACCAGCCGCAAGCUGGACUUCAGGGGCCUCAACAUCACGGCCUUCAAGCACGACCCCAAGGCCCCGCCCCAUGACACCAUGGCGCGCUUCACCAUCAAGGUGGCGGCCAUCCUGCUCUCGCGCUUCCAGGAGGUGAUCUACCUGGACGCAGACAACAUCCCGCUGAAGGACCCGGCUCACCUUCUGGACGGCCCCGAGUACAACGCCACGGGGGCGCUGCUGUGGCAGGACUUCUGGGACAACACUGUGGCGCCAGAGGCGGAGCAGAUGCUGGGCGUCCCGCGGUCCGACUGGUUCCGCGGCUCCUUCGAGAGCGGCCAGAUGGUGGUGGACAAGGCGAGGCACUGGCGGGGGCUCCUGACCGCCGCGUGGCUCAACUCCUACGCCUCCUUCUGGUACGAGGUUUUCACCUGCUUCCUCGGGAAGGGCGACAAGGAGACCUUUGCCUACGGCAUGGCGGCCGCCAGGGAGCCUUACUACGUCAUCACGACACCACCGGGGUCACUGGGAACCACGGGCACCUCCAUGUCGUGCAACAGCCGCACCCACCUGUGCAAGGACGAGUUCACGGGCAACACCAUGGUGCAGUACGAUACGCGCGGUGCCCCCCUGUUUCUGCACUCCAAUCUCCACAAGUGGGACAUGCGGUUGCCUGAGAAGUUCUCGCUCCACUACCAGCGGCGGUGGCAGGUGCUGCUGCCAGGCCCUGUCCACUGGGAGGACUGGAUGCGGCAGCACUUGGGCCACGACCUGGAGCACAAGGUGUACGAGUGGAUCCGCAUGCUGCGCUGCAUGCCCUGGUGGGACGCAUACUACCAGGAGAGGCUGGCCCUGGGAGACAGGAAGACACCAGACCUGGACGGUUUCCACUACCUGCUGAGGGGGAUAGAGCUGCCAAAGCUCUACCGCGCCGGGUGGACCGGCAAUUACCAGGCGCAGCUGCAGGGGCUCUCCUUUGGGGACUGGCGCAACCACGCCUGGAACCUGCGGGCCAGGCCAAAGCUGGCUGCCCUGGGCCUCGCGCAGCGCUGGGACCCGGCGCGCGACCAGAGCUAG